AUGGAUUUUGCCCAGGCGGUUAUACCUGCAUUAACGGCCAAUGCUACGCUGCUACAGUCGCGGUUUCAACUGUCGCUCCAUACAACCCUUUUUGCCAAGAUAGAUGCUGGGACUGUUAUAUGUACAUGUGGAAAUGCACAAACCCGUUGGCUGCAGCUUGUAUGUCUCAAUGUUGUGCCAGAACCUGCGGCUACUGCCGAUAAGCGAUUCCGGCGUGAAGUUGGUGUCAAAACUGAUGUUCUUCACAAUGCUGUCGAUAGAAACUUCUUAACAAGACGUAGAUAUUUUGAAAUCUAUAAACAAUAA